UAUUCCUAACCACCUUAUUUUUCCCUAACCAAUUAAUUUUUGUUCUUCUAUUUGGAGUUUGAAGAACUUUUUAAAGCUUUAAACUUCUUCCUCCCAUAUUUUUUAUUUUUUUUCUUUUUAAUUUCACAAAGUCAUUGAAGAGGCACCCAUUAUCACAGAAGGUUCAAAUUCAAUUAUGUGCACGUUAGUGAAGAAAGGCAAAAUCUUCAUACUAACCCUAACGGCUCAAGAUGAACACAGGCUAAACCCAACUCUUAUCGAUUCAAUUCACUCAGCCAUACGCAGAGUCAGGUCAGAGGCUUCUUCUUCCUCAUCUUCCGCUCUCAUUACCACAGCCCAAGGAAAGUUCUUCUCCAAUGGCUACGACCUUGAUUGGGUUGGUUCAUCCCAAACCCGUGGUCCUCUUCUCGAAUCCAAGCUCAAACCACUCAUCGCAGACCUUAUAUCGCUCCCCUUACCGACCAUAGCCGCCGUUUCCGGCCACGCCUCUGCUGCCGGAUUCAUACUCGCUUUAAGCCACGACUACGUUCUCAUGAGGAAAGACAGAGGAUUCAUCUACAUGAGCGAGCUCGAUAUUCGACUACCGAUCUCGACCUGGGUCGUGGCUUUGAUCAAGUGCAAGGUCGGCGCGCCAGCGACUCGGCGGCUUCUUCUUCUGACGGCAGCGAAGGUAACGGCUAAAGAUGCUAUGGAAAAGGGAAUUAUUGAUUCGGCGCACGAUAGUGCUGAGUCGACGGUUAAGGAGGCGGUUGGUUUGGCGGAGAAGUUAGUGGAGAGGAAAUGGGAUGGUGACGUGUAUGCCCAGAUAAGGAUGGAACUGUUCUCUGAGGUCUGGGGUCAAAUUCGCGUGGACAACUGUGCAUCCAGGCUUUGAUUAUUGGGCCGGCCUUGCCAAAGGCCCAUAUCUAUCUAAAUCUACAUAUAGGGGUUUUUUUUUGGAUAAAUAUGGGAAUAUACAAUAGAGUUCACUUUUUUAUAUGACAAAAAUAAAUAAUGUAAAAAAAUAUAGGAUUAAAAAAUAAUUAAAGUUUGAAAUAUGAAAAAAUAUAAUAAAUAAAUUUGAUAAAA